AGGCGUCGGAGAAGAAGCAGCACGAGUUGGUCAGGAGAAUCAUGCCAAACAAAUUUAGUAGUCGGGGUGCAAUCGCUUGUUGGACAUAGAAGCAUGAUGCCCAGCUUCACGCUACAAGCCCUUUGCCAGCUGCGUGCUUGCUGGAAGGAAGCUGUGGGUGCCGUGAUGUCCCACUGAUCAUCACCGAGGAGCCGAGGUUUGAGUCCUAGUGGGACAGACUUGGCCUCAAGCGGUAGCAUUCACGACAACCUUGUGCGUGUGCGUGCGUGUAUUGGAGCAUUGGAAACUUCGGUGAUGCGUUGAUGCACGAUCGAGCUACACGCGAAUGGUAUUUGAUGGGAUGGGUUCGGAUGGUUUAAGCUGCACGGAUUAUUUAUUUUUUUAGCAGCUAGCAUUUGGGGGAUCGGAAGAGAGGGUUUGUAGCGUUUUCGGGAAGGUUUGGAGCUUCUCUUAGGGAUGGGAGAAUUGGGUGUUUCGUAGGAGGGCAUGAUGGGGUGGCACUGAACAAGGAGGGCAGCCAAUGGAGCACCCUUUGGAGUGCGCAGAUUCUUGUAGUUUAGCUAUGAGUUGGUUCUGUAAUAAGAAAUGUAGAGGGUGGGGGUUAAUGAAGCGCACUGUUGUGGCUUCUGGCUUAAGGUCUGUCGUGUUACUGCUGCUAUUCAUCUAUUUUGUUCAAGAUGUCACUGCGGAAAUGGGUCAUCAACGAAUUUCAGGAAGUGCGGGUGAUGUGCUGGAGGACAACCCUGUUGGCCGUCUGAAAGUUUUUAUCUAUGACAUUCCGAGUAAAUAUAACACUGAUUGGUUGAAAAAGGACCCUCGCUGUCUUACACACAUGUUCGCUGUGGAGGAGUAUCUUCACGACUUUUUGACGGAAAGCCCUGUCCGGACGUUGAAUCCUGAAGAGGCCGACUGGUUUUACACUCCUGUGUACACAACAUGUGAUUUGACUCCAAAUGGGCUUCCUUUGCCUUUCAAGUCACCCCGCGUUAUGAGAAGUGCUAUCAGCUACAUUUCUAGCCACUGGCCGUACUGGAACAGGACAGAUGGAGCAGACCAUUUUUUUGUUGUACCACAUGAUUUCGCUGCUUGCUUUCAUUACCAGGAAGAAAAGGCCAUUGAGAGGGGUAUUCUCCCACUGUUGAAGCGAGCAACGUUAAUUCAAACGUUUGGCCAGAAUCAUCACGUUUGUCUCAAGGAAGAUUCAAUUGUUAUCCCUCCGUAUGCUCCACCUGAAAGGAUGCAAACCCGGCUGAAUCCGCCAAGCACCCCACGCUCUAUUUUUGCAUAUUUCAGAGGUUUAUUUUAUGACCCUGGCAACGAUCCUGAAGGUGGUUAUUAUGCUCGAGGCGCAAGAGCAGCUAUCUGGGAAAAUUUCAAAGAUAACCCAUUGUUCGACAUCUCGACAGAGCAUCCAGCAACUUACUAUGAAGACAUGCAACGCGCAAUUUUUUGCUUGUGUCCACUUGGUUGGGCUCCCUGGAGUCCCCGGCUUGUUGAAGGGGUGAUUUUUGGUUGCAUUCCUGUCAUUAUUGCAGACGACAUAGUGCUUCCUUUCGCUGAUGCCAUACCAUGGGAGAAGAUUGGGGUGUUUGUGGAAGAGAAAGAUGUUCCUAUACUGGACAAAAUAUUGUGUACUAUUAAUCAUGAGGAGGUGCUUGAGAAGCAGAGACUACUGGCUAACCCAGCCAUGAAGCAAGCCAUGCUUUUCCCUCGACCUGCAAAACCUGGCGAUGCAUUCCACCAGAUCCUGAACGGACUGGCUCGAAAGUUGCCUCACGAUCCUAGUAUUUACUUACAACCAGGCCAAUCGUUCCUAAACUGGACCGAGGGUCCUCCUGGCGACCUGUAUCCUUGGGGCAAUGAUUUGUAACACUACUUAGGAAUCGUGUUGUAUUCCGUACGAGUCUCAUGUCACCUGCACUGCCAAGAAUCACCUAAAAUUGUUUCGGACCUCCUCGCAGCACUGGCAGGGUCACCCACUAUCUCGACAAUACAUGAGUUACCCAAUUAAAGCAAAGAACUUAUAUGGACUUAAAUAUUUAAGGUUGAAUUGCGAAUCAAGCUCUGUAUUUUCGAGCGACUCAUCUGGUCAUAAUCUAUCAGGGGAUUAUCAGAAUGAGGGGUGUCUUUUUGUGCAGAAUUUUAAGGAAGAAGUAGGAAGAAUUCUUUCAAAACUUCCCUUGUUAACUGCAAGCACUAGGUGGUGAAGGAAAGUUAACACUUUUCCUUGGAUAACCUGUACUAGAACUUAUUGUGUUGAGAAUUUUGAAUUAAAACUUCAAAAGCUGAUAUAUGUUGGAUGCAGCACCUUUGAGGAUUAGACGGAAUAUUUUUGAAAACUAUGCAACAUUCAUCGAACACUAGGAGAGCUGCCAUAUUUUUCCAAAUACGAGGUUGAGAGAACAAGAUAGAACUACAGCAGCUGAAGGGUUUAGAACUUCAGGCUCUCCAAAUCUUGAUGUGUAACCAAUGUGUGAAAAGGUGAGGUUUUGAAUUUA